AUAUGAGGCACGGUUAUCUCGUCGUGUAGUCCCCCAAUCAAGAUCGAGGAAGCUCCCCAAACACCGCUCCCAAAACACUCUCCGAUCUUCCUCUUCGAUUCAGAUUUCCGAGACCAGCGAAAAUGAACGACGCCGAUGUGUCGAAGCAGAUCCAGCAGAUGGUCAGGUUCAUCCUCCAGGAAGCCGAGGAGAAGGCCAACGAGAUCUCUGUUUCCGCCGAAGAAGAAUUCAAUAUCGAGAAGUUGCAACUUGUUGAGGCAGAAAAGAAAAAGAUCAGGCAAGAGUAUGAGCGGAAAGAGAAGCAAGUUGAUGUUCGAAAGAAGAUUGAGUACUCAAUGCAACUUAACGCUUCUCGGAUAAAGGUUCUUCAGGCUCAAGAUGAUGUAGUUAAUUCCAUGAAAGAGGCGGCAUCGAAGGAGCUUUUGAACGUGAGCCAUGACCACCAUGUAUACAAAAGGCUUUUGAAAGAUCUGAUUGUUCAGAGUUUGCUCAGGCUAAAAGAGCCUGCUGUCUUACUGCGUUGUCGCAAAGAUGAUCUUCACUUGGUGCAGUCUGUACUGGAUUCUGCAGCACAGGAAUACUCUGAGAAAGCAAAUGUUCAUACACCUGAGAUCAUAGUCGACAACAAGAUCUUUCUUCCACCCGCUCCUAGCCUUCAUAAUGCCCAUGGUUCUUCCUGCUCUGGAGGUGUAGUGUUAGCUUCUCGAGAUGGGAAGAUUGUCUUUGAGAACACGCUUGAUGCACGGUUGGAUGUUGUAUUCCGUAAAAAGCUUCCAGAGAUCCGCAAGUGGCUAUGUGGUCAGGUUGUGGCCUGAUGGGUUGAAUUGUGUUGUUUUCUCGGCCCUAAAUUAUUCAACUCCUGAGAUUGGUUUUUAACGAUAAGAUCUAUUGUCCAAUUGCUUUCUUUCUGUAUUUUAUUUCUCGUUUGCCGAAUAACUUUAUGUACUAAAGUUAGUGUAGAUGUUUUCAGUUUGGUGCUUAUAUCGUUUGGGCGCAUGGAACAGUACCUUAUUAUUCUUAGUGAUAACCCUAAUAAAAGCUACCGGCUUUAGCA